GCGUGUCCGGCACUGUCCCCGCGUGUCCGGCACUGUCCCCGCGUGUCCCCGCGUGUCGCCGCCCGAGGAGGAAGGUCCCCACGCGCCCCGUGGCCGCGCCGCCCGAGUGCCGCCGUGCCCGUGUCGCGGCCGUGUCGCAGCCAUGUCGCCGCGGCUGCUGCUGGCCGCCUGCGCGGCGCUGGCGCUGCUGCCGCUGCGGCCCCGCGCGGGCCCGGCCCAGCCCGCGUACCCGGGGGACGACGCGCCCGUGGAGGAGCUGCUGCGCUUCUACAACGACCUGCAGCAGUACCUGAACGUGGUCACCCGCCCGCGGUACGGGAAGCGGGCGGGCGGGCGAGCGCUGGGCGAGGACCCGCUGGGCGCCCCCGGGUGCUGAGCCCAGGGACGCCGCCGGGGCCGGGAGGGUGAGGAGGAACCCAGGAGGUGCCGCCCCCCGCCCCCGCUGCACCCCCGGACCCCCAGAGCCGGGGACAGACCCCCCCCAGCAAUAAACACCCCCUGCAGCCA